AUGUUCUUCAAACAGUACAACUACAAGCCCCGGAGCAAUAGCCAGUCCUCCCAGGGCUCUGCCGCUGGCAGCCCGACCAAGGAGGAGACGAAGGCUACCACAGGAGCCACAGGUCCCGCAGCCUCCGCUGGCGCUGCAGGGCGAAGACGGUCGUCCGCCUCGGAAAAGUUCGCUGGCCUCACGGGGCAGAAGCGAAGCAGCCAGGACGAACGCAAGGCCAACUGGGCCGACCAGAAGCCCGGCCAACCAGGCAUUCUAGGCGGCAUGUGGCAGAAUUUCACCAAGGGAUCCUAG